AGGCCGCCGCGGACUGCCCUUUUUCAAGAUGGCGUCGAAGAUGGGUUCCCGGCGGUGGAUGCUGCAGCUGCUCAUGCAGUUGGGUUCGGUGUUGCUCACACGCUGCCCGUUCUGGGGCUGCUUCAGCCAGCUCAUGCUGUACGCUGAGAGGGCCGAGGCGCGCCGGAAGCCUGACAUUCCAGUGCCCUACCUGUACUUCGACAUGGGGGCGGCCGUGCUGUGCGCGAGCUUCAUGUCCUUUGGAGUGAAGCGGCGCUGGUUCGCGCUGGGGGCCGCGCUGCAGCUCGCCGUUAGCACCUAUGCCGCCUACGCCGGGGGCUACGUCCACUACGGGGACUGGCUGAAGGUCCGUAUGUACUCGCGCACAGUUGCCAUCAUCGGCGGCUUUCUUGUGCUGGCCAGCGGUGCUGGGGAGCUGUACCGUCGGAAACCCCGCAGCCGCUCCCUCCAGUCCACCGGCCAGGUGUUCCUGGGCAUCUACCUCAUCUGUGUGGCCUAUUCACUGCAGCACAGCAAGGAGGACCGGCUGGCGUAUCUGAACCACCUCCCGGGAGGGGAGCUGAUGAUCCAGCUGUUCUUUGUGCUGUAUGGCGUCCUGGCCCUGGCCUUCCUGUCAGGCUACUACGUGACCCUGGCUGCCCAGAUCCUGGCUGUACUGCUGCCCCCGGUCAUGCUGCUCAUUGAUGGCAAUGUUGCCUACUGGCACAACACACGGCGCGUUGAGUUCUGGAACCAGAUGAAGCUGCUUGGAGAAAGUGUGGGCAUCUUCGGGGCUGCUGUCAUUCUGGCCACGGAUGGCUGAGUUGCAUGGCAAGAGGCUGAAAUGGGUGCAGGGAGCCACUGAGGGCCACCCUGCCUUGCUCACUGGCCCAGUUGCUAUUUAUUUAUGCUUUUCGGUCUGUUUGUUUGAUCCUUCGCUUUGUGUGUGUCUUGGUAAGGGGCAGGUCUCUUCCUCAGUUCCUGGGCUCAGCCCUGGAGGUGGGGUCCCUGAUGAUGAUGAUGCCUUACAGGUUUCCCCCGUUAGGAGGGGAGCUGAAGCCAGGUACUCCAGGGUCUCCUGUCUCUGAGAAGAGGGUAAGGCAGGGCUAAGGUGGGCACACCAAGAGUUGAAGAGAAAGGGAAGAUUGAGAACCAGAAGUAGGCCAGUGGGAACAACUACUUUCUGAACCUGGCAGAUGCAGCCAGGUGCUACAGUGCUUCCUGGAGACUGGGAGUCUGUGGAUUGACUCACAGAUCAGGUCCUGGAGGAGACCGGCCAGGCACCCUGACCUCUUGCGCGUUCUCAGGCUCUGCUAGGAGCGGAAGAAGCACUAGCUCUCACCCACCUUGAAAGCAGAGCAGGCCCCAGUCGACUCUGUGGUGUACAGGGAGGGGUGGGGUAGACAGUGGCCCACUUCCUGCUGUCUCAGUUCCAGCCCACUCUGGAAGGGUGAGCGCCCUCCCAAACACCAGACCACACAAUCCUCCAAAAAUAAACAUUUUAUA